UUUCAUGUUAUGGGCAAUGAAAGCACAAAUUUCGCUUACAAGAGACUUCAUGUUCUUGCGGCGACGGUUAUGAAGAUGACUGUCUUCUGAGGUGCUGCCUUUAAAUAUUUAGUUCAAUAAAGGUGUAGUCCGUGACUCUAGAUAACAAAUUUCAGUUAUAUACUAUGUGUGUAUUUACUGUGUGUCUUAGACCUUCCGUAUAAGGUUGCCACGUGUGGGGGAACUGGAAAUAAUUUUAAUAGAUUGGCUGACGUAGGCCAGCAAUGACUCGCUUUGCUAGAGCUCGAGGGUCCAAAUCCUCCAAUGAAAGGAUUCCUGAAGAGGCUACAUCAUGGAAUCAAAUGAGACAGCAGCUGCAAGAGAAACAUAAUGUCCCCAGGAAAGACCAAACAAAAACAGAAGAAAGAGAAAAAUAUAUGCAAUGUGAGGUUAGUGGUAUUGACAGAGGUGAGUGGGCCAUGUUUGAAGAAAAUUCAAAAAUAUCGGGUCUCAACAGUGAUGAAAAAAGGAUAAAGAAGCGCAAGAAUUUUGUUUCUGCAGAUUCAAGUACAGAAAUUUCUGAACCAGAAAAAGAUUAUUCCAGAAAAAAGGAUAAGUUACAUGUGGUUCAAAAGAAACGUACUGUGAAAAAGUACUUGAAACAAAUAAAAAAAGUGUCUGAUGAUGAAAGUGUGACUGAUAAAGUAGAAAGUUGUGCUACACAAAGAGAAAAACAAAACAGUGAAGUUUGGAAGGGAAAACAGGGUUUCAUAAUCCAUGGAAAGGAUUUAGAAAAUCAACAUGGAACCAAGGUUGGUAAACCAACAUCACAGGAGAGGAAACAAAGGAAGAACAAGCAGUCAGAUACAGAACCACCUCUUUGUGAAACUGACAGAAUAACUGCUAAUAGGAAAGAUGUAUUUCAACAAAAUCAAAAUGAAAAUUUUAAAAAGAAAUUUGAUGGGAGAAAAGGUAAUGACAAAUCUGUUAAAUGGAGCAAGUCAAACAUACAUGCUGUACAGAUGUACAUAAAUGGCAAGGAAAUAGAGGUUGUUAAAUUUGAUGGAUUUCCUCUGAAAAAAGAAGAUGCACAACGUCUUGAAGAGUUGCGUCAGAAUUUACUUAAACAAAGAAUCCCAAGGAAAGAAAUUGUUGCUGUCAUGAAGCGAGAGCGGCGCAAAGCAGAAAAGUUAUUCGCCAGAGAGAGAAAGAAAGUUUGUUUUCACUGUCGAAACUCUGGUCACCUAUUGUCACAAUGUCCAGAACUUGGAAGCUCUAGUGAAUCAGGAACAGGAAUCUGUUUCAAGUGUGGUUCAACAGAGCAUACUCACUUUCAGUGUCAGGUCAUCCGCACACAGGACUUUAGAUAUGCUGAAUGUUUUGUCUGUAAAGAACAAGGCCACAUUGCCCGUCAGUGCCCUGAUAAUCCACGUGGCCUGUAUCCCAAAGGUGGUGCUUGCAAAGUCUGUGGAGAUGUUACCCAUCUUAAGAAGGAUUGCCCAGAUCUGAUAAAGGAAAAAGAACAACAAACAUUAACUUUAGGAACACUUAAUAAUAAUUCCUUAGAUGCUCUAGAAGAGGAAUUGAAAGAAACAAAUUAUACCCCAGAACAUAACUUACUGAAGAAGAAAACAUGUGUGAAAUUUUAAAGGAAUAGCACUGUGAUGAUGUAUUUAAAACUCUUUAGCAUUUAACGACUUAAUGUUAGUUACUGGAAAACUUCUUACAGUGUUUUAAUAUGCAUAGUAGAAUAGACAUGUAAAAUAAUCUAUCCUAUGUCAUCAAAUUCAGAGUUUCUGCAGAAGUACAAAAGAUUGUACAAACACAGAAGAAAGUAUCUUUAACUGUGUCAGUAUGAUUAAACAUUUGUCACUUACAGGAACAUCAAAACACUAUGCUAGCACUGUAGUGUACUAAUUUUAGGAAGAAUUAUAUUGUGGAUUGGUAAGAACUCACUAUAUGUUAUAUAAUUGUAUUAAUGUUAUCAGAGUGUGGUGCAGUUAUGUUUAAUCCAAUUGUGGCCUUCAUAUAUAUUUGUACCAUAAAUGAAAUUAAAAUGGUUUCCAAGAGCACAAGA